AUGCAUAGUUGUUUAACACUUGUGGAUUAUACAUGGAAGGAUAGUGAAGAGAGUGGUACCUCAACACCUAGAUAUCCCAAUCGUGAUCAUAUUAAUCAUCUUCGCCGUACAGCUAGAUCGCUUGACGGUGAUUCAACCAAUUGUUUAUUGAAUAAUCAAGAUGAUGGUACAGCCCCAUUACCAUCAUCAUCAUCACCACCAACAACAACAACUGAGUCUAACAGAAAGUUUAGAGACAUUUACACGACAUCUUGA